GUGCAGAGAGUUGCUCUGGCUUCUGGGCUUGUCCUGGCUCUGUCGCUGCUGCUGCCCAAGGCCUUCCUGUCCCGCGGGAAGCGGCAGGAGCCGCCGCCGACACCUGAAGUUUAAAUGAAUCAGCUAGAGCUAUACAUCUCAACAUGGAUACAUUUGUUGGCCAAAGUGUUGUUUCCCCCACUGGAAAAAAAGACAGAAGAAGAAAGUUGGAGAAGCCUGUGUCCAAUAUAAUUCUAUAAUAUAAAGGAAUUUUUUAAAUUGGGAAAAUUAAGAGUGAGAACUGAGAAAAAGCCAUUGGAUUUGACGGUUAAGAUUUGAAGAUAGUAUUCUCAACACAGUAAGGUGAAGUUCCACAACAUAUUACUACAAAUAUUAGAUCUAGUUUAUUGAACAUUAGCCACCUGAUAAAUCAGAUUCUCUCAAGAGAAAAGUUAGCUUCCUGAAUGCUGACCAGGCAUGCUUUUGAAGGAAAAUUGGGCCGAUAUCCUCCUAUGAUGCAUCAUCACCAGGUACCCACAGGUGGCCAGACUCCUGGGGCUCAUUUCCAGAGGUCUCACCUUGCAGAGGCAUUUGCAAAGGCCAAAGGAUCAGGCGGAGGUGCUGGAGGAGGAGGUAGUGGAAGAGGCCUGAUGGGGCAGAUUAUUCCAAUCUACGGUUUUGGGAUUUUUUUAUAUAUACUGUACAUUCUAUUUAAGCUGUCAAAGGGGAAAACAACUGCAGAGGAUGGUGGGAAGUGCUCUACUGCCACACCUGGAAACACCCACAGGAAAAUUACCAGUUUUGAGCUUGCUCAACUGCAAGAAAAACUGAAAGAGACAGAAGCAGCCAUGGAAAAAUUAAUCAACAGAGUGGGACCUAAUGGUGAGAGCAGAGCACAGACUGUGACUUCUGACCAAGAGAAACGGUUGCUACAUCAGCUCCGAGAAAUCACCAGGGUCAUGAAAGAAGGAAAAUUCAUUGACAGAUUUUCUCCAGAGAAAGAAGCUGAGGAGGCUCCUUACAUGGAGGACUGGGAAGGUUACCCUGAAGAGACUUAUCCAAUUUAUGACCUUUCAGAGUGUAUCAAGCGUAGGCAAGAAACAAUUUUGGUGGAUUACCCUGACCCAAAAGAGCUUUCUGCUGAAGAAACAGCUGAGAGAAUGGGAGUGAUAGAAGAGGAAGAAUCAGAUCAUUUGGGUUGGGAAAGUCUGCCCACUGACCCCAGAGCCCAGGAAGAUAAUUCUGUCACCUCAUGUGAUCCAAAGCCAGAAACAUGUUCCUGCUGUUUUCAUGAAGACGAGGAUCCUGCUGUCUUGGCAGAGAAUGCAGAUAGCUACCUUGAGCAAGAGGAAACCACUAAAGAAGAGUGGUCCCAAGACUUUAGAGAUGAAGGGUUGGGCAUCAACAUCGAUAAAGCAUAUACAGGCAGCAUGCUGAGGAAGCGUAACCCCCAGGGUUUAGAGUGAAAACAGCCAGUCUGAAGUAUCCAUUACUCAGGUCCCAAGGUGACCUUUCUCUCCUCAGAUUUCCUUCUUGGCCCUGUGCCCUGUACUUUCUUCACUGUGUUCAAGUGUCAUAGCUAUCAGGCCACUAUCACGGAUAUCAUGUAUCCUUCCUGGUGCUCACACACCUGUCACCUUGUAAAACAUGGACAUUAGUGUGAACACAGGACAGCUUUGCUCUUUCUCUUCCUGCCUUUCCCCUAUCAGAGAAGUUGAUCCAUUAAGUAAUUAUGUUUGGUCUAUUGUAAUUACAGAUGGAACCACUCAGGGGCAAAGGUCUGACUCUUCCUGGUAGGUGUAACAGAUAGUUCACCUGUGAACGAACAUCAGCUUACAGAUUAUGAGGACUUAAGGUUGCAAGAAUGAAGAUUUCAGACUCCAAGAUGCCUUAUUCUUUGGGCCUUGAGCAGGUUAGUAGUCCCCUGGGGAAAAGAGAACAUUUUAUUUGUGGGGCUGGGCCCAGAGCAGGGUAAGACUGCUCUCUGAGCUGAAGCCUCUUCCUUGCAGUGAGGGUCUUCCUAGGAACAUUGAUGCUGCCUCAAACGUCCUCUUUUUUCCAGAGUAGGGAAGACUCCCACUGAUCUGAGAAUGAGCCCAGAGGCUUGUUUGGGGACUGUUUUACUCUGAUACUACCUGGAUAUCUAGCUUCCUUUACCCCUGUUCUGCUUAACAGAACUGCCAAGCCCAGAAGUACCUUUGCACUCCUGGUUUUCAGUGGACAGAGGAAGCUUUAGAUAAAGACUUUAGACCCUGCCUUGCAGAGACAAGACUUGAGGCCAUUGAAGCUGUAGGAAGGCCUGCCCAGGGAUGGUCCUGCCAUGAGGAGGCUGCAGCCCUAUAAGAGGGCUCAAGAUUGUGAAUUCUGCUCCUGCCAUGAGGAGCUCAGAAGGCCAGGAAGCCAGCAACUGGGGAGAGAAUCUGUGCGCUUAUGGACAGUCCUUACCUAAAGCUGUUUCUGAAUGUUGCACCCUUUGAGAAAUUUGUUCUCAGAAGCACAUAAAUUGAAACAGAAAUGAGAACUGAUCUUGUAUACAAAGUGCCAACUCAACAGGGAAGUUGGAGUAUGUCUGUUGCAGAGAACCAAUGUAGCAGUGCCCAGGGGUAGAGACCAUAUGUUCCAUACUCAGAUAUUUGGGUCUUUCGAGAGAGCUGGGGAAAGUCGCAACUAGAUUAGGCCUGGGAGAUUUUGACCAAACUAAAGACCUUUUCUCCUUACUGCAUCUGACGCAUGUCUUGAGACAAGAUAGUACCCAUGAAUUAUAUCAUGAAGUAUGUGUGAAUUCAGUUUACAUGUAAGACCUGAGAGUUUGAAGAGGGCACAUUCCCAAAGACAUUCCCAGUCAUGAAAUGUACAAGACUGGAAAAUUAAGAAAUUAUGUAAAGGUAGAUAUGGCUUUUAGAGUUACAUUAUGCUUGGCAUGAAUAAGAUGCCGGGAAAAUAGUUUAAAAUCAUACAUCAGCAUACAGACUGCUGUUAGAAGGUAUGGGAUCAUAGUAAGAUAAUCUGUCAGCUACUACUAGGCAUUUAUUGUUAACUGAGUUACAGAGAAGAGUCAUUCAAGACUGAAUUUAUGAAAGUAUAUUGCAUCUAUCUCUGUGUAGAACAUUUGCUUCACAUUGUAAAGAAUGCAGUUUAAAAUGUAUUGAAUGCAAUCUAGAUGUACACUAAAGGUGAAAAAUAACAGGUGCUCUUUACUGUUUCGAUAAAUUGUUUUCUGUUAUUUCCCUUCGUUUACUAUGAGGGGUUGAUUUAUGAGGAGAGCUCUGGGUUCCUCGCUCAGAUUUCCUUUUUGCCCUAGGAUAUGAUUCCCUUAUUAGAGAUAAAUACUUCUGUUUUCUUCUAGCUAAUUCAUUCAUUUAGCAGUCAGUUGCUCAGUGCUAGGUACUAGGAACAGAGGCUCAAUUUCUGCUCUCAAAAAACUCAAUGUAAUGAGAGCGCCUGACAGAUACAAUGAACUAUGACUCUAUAAGAGGGCUCAAGAUUGUGAAUUCUGCAGGCAGAGAAACAUGAACCAUGGUCUGUCCCUGCAUUUUCUAGCUGUGGAAUCUUGGAUCGGCUCCUUAACUGGUCUGAGCUUUGGCUUCAGGGUAGUAAAGGGAAGAGUAUUAAAAGUUCUGGUUAAAUGAAAUCAGUGUGUGUAAAACAGCAUUGGUUGUAGCUCAUACAUGAUAACCACUCAUUAAGUGGUAAUUAUGUUUUUAUUAUAAGGGCUAUGCGAUAAUUCAGACAUGGGCCCAAAACUACAGGAAAGAGAAAUUGUUUUUGCUAAAGUAUUUCCAAGACACUUCAGUUUCUUGGGAGGUGGGCCUUGAGGCAUGCUAAGAACUUCUUCAGGUGGGCAAAGAAGAGAUGACAUUCUUGGCAGAAAGA